ACUAUGAGACCGCAAUGACGUUGGUAGUGGUGGGCAGCCGAUGGUGAUGGUGGUGGUGGUGGUAAACCAGCAUAUCCAACAACACUUGCUGUACGCACGAUGCUGUGGUGAGGGGGAGAGAAAGAGAGACAGAGAGAUUGCCCCCUCCUGCCGCGGGCGGCGCCACUCGAGGAGAUCCUUUCCUCUUUUCGCCUCUAGGCCAUUCUCGAGAGGCGCGCGCGCCAACGCGGUGUCGCCCGAUCGCUUCUCGCCGACCUUCGACCAAUACGCGCGCGUCUCGCUCUACUCGCUACGUGCGUGUGCCAACGCAGGACUUUCCCGGUAGACUUUUCCGAAACUCGCCCUCCUUUCCCCUCCUCUCCUCCUUCUCCUCCUCCCUUUCCUCCACCACUUUCUUCUUCUUUUUCUUUUUCUUCUUCUUCGUGACACCCACCUGUGCAUUCAUCCGACUCGAACUCUGAUUCCUUCGAAACACCCCUGGGCAAAAUCUCCUUCCUCUUCUCUCUUCCUCCUCUCUCUUUCUCCUCCAUCGCGUGACAGCCGGAACGCGACCACGUGAUUACACUCCUUCGCGUACGUCAACGUCCGUUCGAGUCGAUCGAUUUUCGUAUCGAUUUUCUCCUCUUGAAGUGAUUCUCAUCCACGUUCGUCGUCGUCGUCGUCGUUGUCGUCGUCCUCGUCGUCGUCGUCGUCUUUGUUGUUAUUGUUGUUGUUGUUGUUGCUGCUGCUGCUGCUGCUGCUGCUGCUGCUGUUGCUGCUGCUACUCUUGCCGUUUCUCAUCAGCUUCGUUCUUCCUCUUCUUCGCACCAGUGUAAUUCAUCUAAGCAAUUACAUAACGACCGACACGCCGGAGGCACUCCAACGAGCUUCAUAACGAUCCACGUGAAUCAUUUACCUUGAACUUCGAGCGGACUAAACGCCGAAAGAAGAAUCGGACGAAGUUCCUCUUGCUACAAGGCAUGUCGACGAGAAACUUAAUUUUUUGUGAAUUUCGCAGAAACGUCGCAAAAAUCGACGGCGCUUGGCUCGAUAAAAGAAACCGGAAAACGUGAUCGACGAAAUGAUGACGAAAUAAUGACGAAAUGAUGACAAAGUCUCCGCGAGGUGGAAACAGUGCUUACCGGCAACGCUUCGAUUCUUAAGUGAUAUCGAACCGUGAAGAGAACGACCUGAGUGGCCAUCGUCGACUGAAACGUAACUCGAGUAACUAUACCGCGAUAGACGAGCGAAGCUACGAGGCAAGAAAUAUGUAAGUACGAGGUUGCCACGUGACUUGCUCGGACACCUGUUCGUAUCGUAGGAUUCUCAGGGGUGUACCGCCAAUGGCACGAAUGAUUCGAAAGAAAGCGAAAGCAAGUUAAACGUCGUUGCCCGGUGAGUUCGAUGCCUGGAGGAAAGAUUUGUACCAAGAAAAAAAGAGAGAGAAAGAGAGAGAAAAAGAGCCAGACGUAAAGUCUCGCAAUCGCGUAUUCACGCUUGCCGUCGGAGAGUUUAAUGCCUGCAAAUGCGAAUAAAAUGUCGUCGGCUUCGUUGAUGGAGUGAAUAACUAUCUGCUACUAUGAUUUUCACGACGUCGGCAUGAGACAUUCUUUUUCUACGAUAAAGGAAUAAGACCUCCUUUUCGCUGGUAGAAAGGAAGGAAACGGUUGCCUCAUCAUGUCUAUUCUCGAGGGCAACGAAGCCGACAAGACGACAAUGUCACCGCUCGACGAAGUCGUAUCUCCGACGAGCGUCGAGUCGGAACUGAUGGUGACCGACAUGUUGGAAGAGCACGAGGCGAACACGCUGGCUGAUCAAAGGGAUGGCAAGCGUAAGAGAGACACGGACGGCGAAGAACUCACACCGAGAAAGCUACCUUCUCUAACGAGGAACAACAACGACGUGGCCUUCGUCCUCGAGGAUAGCGCCGACGAUGAGCUGCAAGACGAACGUGACGAUGACCGACUGACUGGUCAUGGAGGUAUUUCCUCGCUGGGCGGCGGAAACUCGUCGCCUUACUCGGGUGCUCAUCAUCAUGGUCAUCGAGGGAAUGGAAACGGUGGCGGAAUGCCGCAUCACGGUGGUGCGUCUUUGCCAACGGCGUCGGACUUUCAACCCCCGUACUUUCCACCGCCGUUCCCGUCGCAUCAUCAUGCGCCCGCCAGCCCACAGCAUCCGGGUCUUGGGCAGCCUCAACACCUGGAUUACCUCGUCGGUGAUCCUUACACGCAGACACUGAACACGCUUCAUCAGCAUCACUAUAAUCACCUGAGCGCGGCCGUUACGGCGGGCCAGAGGAGUGGUGAUCUCAGAAGAGACACCGAAGGCAUCCAUGUGACAAACAUGCACGCAUCCUUUCCUUACGAUGGCGGACGCAGUGGCGGUAGUGGCGGCGGAGGUGGUGGCGGCGGUGGCGGUGGAGGUGGCGGGGGCGGUGGUGGAGGUGGUGGAAGGGCUGUCGAGUAUGGUGCCGUACGUCGUCCCGAUGCCCUCCUACCGCCCCCGGGCCUCGAUCAAACCGACCUCGUUCUACACACCAGCCUCGUUGACGACCCCCAGGUGAGCGACGAUAACACGAAUGUAGACGAUGGAAGUUUUAUGAACGACCUGCCACUUCUAAAAAACAUGAAACCUUCGGAGAGAAGCGAAAAGGCCAUGCUGACAGGGAACGCGCAACCUUCGGACGUGUUCUGUUCGGUCCCAGGACGAUUAUCGUUACUCAGCAGCACUAGCAAGUACAAAGUUACGGUAGCCGAGGUACAGAGACGACUCUCACCACCGGAAUGUCUAAAUGCCAGUCUCCUCGGUGGUGUUUUACGAAGGGCGAAGUCUAAAAAUGGUGGACGACUGUUAAGGGAAAAAUUAGAGAAGAUCGGUCUGAAUCUACCAGCCGGUAGAAGGAAGGCUGCCAACGUCACACUUUUAACGUCCUUGGUAGAAGGAGAAGCCAUUCACCUUGCCAGAGACUUUGGUUACGUUUGCGAAACCGAGUUCCCUGCGAAACAGGUCGCCGAAUACCUCAGUCGACAACAUUGCGAACCGCAAGAUUCCUACAGGAGAAAAGAACUUCUUCAUGCCACCAAGCAAAUCACCAAAGAGCUGAUGGAUCUUCUCAAUCAGGAUAGGUCACCACUCUGCAACACGCGGCCACAACACAUACUCGAUCCGAGUAUACAAAGACAUCUGACGCACUUCUCCCUCAUAUCGCACGGAUUUGGAAGUCCAGCGAUCGUUGCCGCUCUCACGGCGAUACAGAAGUUCCUAAGCGAGUCUCUGAAUCAUCUCGAGAAGAUGUAUCCGGGGAACGGUAGCGGCGUGACCAGCAGUCAACAAUCGAAUCUCGACACAAAUAAGAGCAAGGACAGUUCGUUAAUGAACGACAUGAAGAAGUGACGCCCGGAAGACCCGCCUACCUCGAACGUGGUCACGUCUAUAAGGCACUCCUGGCCGUACAAUUGAGCUCUCUCUCUCCCUCUCACACGCGAUAGAGAAGCUGACAGUGGACCACUAGAUACACGCGCACACAUAUCCACGCGACUUUUUCACGUGGAAAUGAGGCGUGGGUGCGCGUGUUCACUGAGGUUGGCUGGUCGGAGAAGUACAGACACGAAC